AUGAUAAACAAAAUUGAAGAAACCAGUGAACGCCUCAUAGCAGCCGUCAAAGCAGAAAAGGAUCAGUUAGAAUCAUCGCUCAGCAAGGAGAAGUUGCAGUUUCUCCAGCUAAAGCAAGAGUUAGGAGAAGCAGAAACUCAGAAUAUGGACCUGUGCAAGGAGCUCCAAUCUGUACGUGGUCAACUUGCUGCUGAGCAGUCAAGAUGUUUCAAACUUGAGGUUGAUGUUGCAGAGUUGCGACAGAAGCUACAAAUGAUGGAGACUUUACAAAAAGAACUUGAACUCCUCCAGCGACAAAAAGCUGCUUCUGAACAGGCUGCCUUAGACGCAAAACAGAGGCAGAGCUCGGGUGGUGUGUGGGGUUGGCUUGCUGGAACUCCUCCUAGUCAAAAAUCCGAUGAUGCCUGA